AUGCGCGCGUUGCUUUUUUCUGGGCCCCCUCUAUUUAUUCCCGUUUUCUUCUUUUCUUGCGAAGAGGCGAGGGCUGGGCCUACUUCACCUGGAUCCUGAAACAAGGCGUUAUUUGUAUUCAACGAAACUUUUGGAAAAGCGCCACGCGUAAAUUGCACUCGGAUCGCCCACGUUAGCCACAAAGCGGGCACGUGUGCGCAAUGCGUACCUUCGAACUGCUUCUGUUUUUAAUCCUUCCUGUCACAGGGUUGCAGAAAGGGCAACUGGUCUACCCUAGACUUCUGGAGGAAAGAUCUUCCGAAAGGACAAUGGUCAUGCAAGUGCACGACCAACUGACGUUGAACUUGAGAAAAGCGUCCGUGGCAGCACCGACGCUAAGACUUAUCACAGAAGAAAAAGGAAAGACAGUCACGCACUACUACAACGGCGAGCAUGUCGAGAGAGACCUCUACGAAGACGCGGACAAAAUCGCCUCGGUGAUCGUCACAAAAGACCACUUCGGUGUACAUGUGAAAGGACUGGUCGGUCCACGGCACAGAAUUGAGCCAAUGCCAGUCGUGAAAAGAUCGGGAGAUGGCCUUGUUCCCCAUGCCAUUCAUGAAAUCGAGUUUGAAGAAAUGAUGGACAGUGCUUUAAGGCACACCGAGACAGAGAAGAAACCAAAUAUUAGUGAGCGUCAAGUUUUGUGGCCGGUGCCACCGCCAGUUCCACCAGGCACCGUGUACGUUGAAAUAUUCGUCGUUUCGGACCAGCAUCACCACAAGAGCUUUGCCUCAAAUGACGCUUUCCUUGGGUACUUGUGCGUCAUGUUCAACAGUGCAAACCUGCGAUUUGCUGCAACAAGCGCACCGACAAUUGUGUUGCUCCUUGUCGGCGCUGAAAGGAGUCAGACACUCGAAUUUGUAGAUGUCUACACACCGAACCCAAAGUACGCUCACGAUCAGCGUACACUGGCGAAGUUGAGGACGUACGCUAACCAGAAGAAAGCGCUAUACGGAAAUCCGGAUGCCGUCUAUUAUAUGAGCGGCUUUGAUAUGUACUCGGAUGCGGCUAACACCUUAGCCUACGGGGUAGGCUACAUUUCCGGCGUCUGUACCGCGCUUUUCGUGGCACUUGGAGAAGACAAGGCAGGGUUAUACACCGGUACGCACGGUAUGACUCACGAACUCGCCCAUGUCCUCGGUGCGCCACACGAUGGAGAUGCCCCUCCAACUGUCGGACACCCGGGAUCCCAGAGCUGCCUGUGGGAUAACGGAAACCUCAUGAGCUACGUCGACAAAGGUCCCAACCACCACCAGUUCUCGGCGUGCAGCUUGCGUGGAAUGCAAUACGUCAUCACACUGGCAGGAUUUGCUUGCUGGCAAACUUCAAAAGCAGGAUACAAGCUAGAUGAUGUAUUCCCUGGAAUGGUGGUCGACUUACAGGCGUUCUGCAAGGAAGCCAUACAAGAACGAGAUGCCACCAUCGAGUCAGCUACGGUUAUCGAGAAAACAUGCAAGGUUCAGUGCAUGUACUACAAACUACAAUUGAUGACAGCAAGCGGAUACAACUACUACCAACGAAUGAGAUACUACAAGCUUGUCAACGCACUUGACUACACAGCGUGUGCUGCAAAGAAGGUUUGCAUUCAAGGCGUAUGUGUCAAUAAACCACCUCCGAAGCAGACAACCGUGCCUCCCGCCACGGUUGCGACCUCAAAGAAGCCCAGUGCUAUACCCACUUUAAAGCCAGCUAAAACAACUGCUGGCGAAUGCGUCUGCGACUGCACCUCUACGCCACCCACCAGAACUGUUCAGGGACGCUAAAUCUUGACGUAACAGAUAGUCACAGCACGUGUUUAAACGUCAGCGUAUUACCUAAAGAACUCUGUAGCCACUCUGCAAAAGGAAAGUGCUUCGAAAAGACACUCCAGUAUACGAGCACCUUGGGGAAGAAAAGAAAAAUUAUGUAGAGAACAAAUGUUGUGCAACUUUAAGACAGCGCACGGACGAGAUCCUUUGAGUCACGCGAACGAUAUGUGAUCUCACUCCCCGAUCAACACUUUGAAAAAUGUUCCGUAUGUUUAG